GUUGCCAAUGGUCGUCUCCACUUUGCAGAGCUCAACUAAAGCUCAACUCCGGCCCCCUAAUUAGUUGGACUCUGUCUUCUAUUCUUGGAAAUAGUGUGAAAAUGGCACUAUCAGCUCCUCUGAACCAGGAAGAGCCCACUCUGCCAUCGCCGGGGAAGCGAUUCAGCAACCAGCUCGCUGCUGCCGUGAGGAGCAUCAACUGGACUUACGCCAUAUUCUGGUCCGUGUCUACCAGCCGCCCAGGAGCUUUGACGUGGAAGGACGGGUUCUACAACGGCGAGAUAAAGACGAGGAAGAUCACCAAAUCGACGGACCUUACCGCCGACCAGCUCGUCCUGGAGAGGAGCGAGAAGCUGAGGGAGCUCUACGAGUCGCUACUCUCCGGCGAGUGCGACCACCGGGCGAAACGUCCCGCCGCCUCGCUUUCGCCGGAGGAUCUCGGCGACGCCGAGUGGUACUACACGGUCUGCAUGACCUACGCCUUCCGGCCUGGCCAAGGGUUGCCUGGCAAAAGCUUCGCGAGCAAUGAACCUAUUUGGCUCUGCAACGCUCACUUCGCGGACACCAAAAUCUUCCAACGCGCGCUCUUAGCAAAGACUGUGUCUAUUCAGACAGUUGCUUGCAUCCCAUUCAUGGGCGGUGUGCUUGAGCUAGGGACGGCUCAUCAGGUUUCGAAGGACACGGACAUGGUGAACCGGAUCCGCACGUCUUUCUGGGAGCUACAGUUUCCGACAUGCUCGGGGGUGGAGGAGCCGAGCUCCAGCCCAUCAGAAAACGAAACCGGGGACGCCGACUUCGUGUUCGAGGACCUCGAUCACAACGCCGCCGAGGCGACGGCGACGAUCUCCGGGAAGAUCGAGUGCCUGUCCGACGGCAACCUCGAGCGGAUCACGAACGAGAUCGACGAGUUCUACGGCCUGUGCGAGGAGCUGGACGUGCGCGCUCUGGAGGAUAACUGGAUCAUGGACGGGUCCUUCGAGGGGAUGUCUUCGCCGGACGCAGGCGGGAUCACCGAUGAUGUUGCCACGUUAACUAGCUCCGUCGAAUCCUCUCGCCCGUCGUGCUUUACGGCCUGGAAGACGUCGCCGCAAGACGUGGCUGCCUCGGCGGCCGGGGAGUCUCAGAAGUUGCUGAAGAAAGCCGUGGCCGGUGGUGCGUGGACGAGAGCUCAGGGAAGUAACGUCAAGGGUCAUGUCAUGUCGGAGAGAAGGCGCCGGGAGAAGCUCAACGAGAUGUUCCUCAUUCUCAAGUCAUUGGUCCCGUCAAUUCACAAGGUGGACAAAGCAUCCAUCCUAGCAGAGACGAUAGCCUAUCUCAAGGAGCUGGAGCAAAGGGUAGAAGAGCUUGAAUCCAGCAGGGCACCGCCACGGCCGAUCGCUGAAGCAGCAGGCCGGAGGCGCCAUGACGUCGCCGGAAAGAAGGCCUCGGUCGGAUCCAAGAGGAAGGCGUUGGACCUCAGUGAUGGCAACCAUGAGAGGCAGCACCUCUCCAAGGACGAUGCUCCGAACAACGUCGUGAACGUCACCGUCAUGGACAAGGAGGUGCUCCUGGAGGUGCAGUGCCCGUGGAAAGAGCUGCUGAUGACACGAGUAUUCGACGCCUUGAAGACCCUCGGCCUGGACGUGCUCUCCGUCCAGUCGUCGACGCCGGACGGCCUUCUUGCUCUUAAGAUACGGGCUCAGCACGCCGGUUCUGCCGCCAUGGCACCUGGGAUGGUCAGCGAAGAGCUUCAGAAAGCUAUAGGCAAGCGCUGAAAGAAUUCUGAAGGCGUGGCGUAACAUUGGUUCUUUUGCUCCUAGUGACU